GGCCUACAAGAAACGAAAACAAGGUGAAUGUAGCUGCUUUGCCACAUUUUUAACCCAUUUUCAGUCCACCUGAAGUGGGCGCAGCUUCUCAGCCACACAAGAGAUAAAUAAUCACCUCUCAUCGAUACUGCAGAUCCUACAGUGAGAGCAGAGGGAUGCCUGCAGCAGAGAGCAGCCAUGCACAGCAUGUCCUGUCCUCCCUGAACCAGCAGAGGGCGGCAGGCAGGUUUUGUGAUGCAGUGCUGAAUGUGGGAGGCGGGGUGGUCUACCUGGCCCAUCGCAACAUCCUUGCCUGUUUCAGUGAACUGUUCCAACAGUCCAACAUGCCCACUGCAUCGUGCAUGGAGUUCUGCCUGCAGGAGUGUCCCAACGACGGCCUGGAGCUGCUCCUGAACUUCAUCUACACUGGAGACUUGAAGUUGGAUCCUGACAACCUGGACAAGGUGCAGCACGCAGCAGCCAGCCUGUGUGUACCAGAAGCACUCACACUCUGUCAGCAGUUCAAGGAGUCCUCUGUGGAUCCUUCGCCUCUCAAGCGUAAAAGAGGCAGACCUAGAAAGUCCACAUCAGACACAGCGCCUCAUUGUUCAGUCAAAGAAGAGAACCUGUUUACAGCCACAAAAGAUGAAUCCAGCUUUGAUAAUGCCACAGCCAACUUAAGCACUGCUGCCACUACAACUACCACCACCACCCGCUCUGGUCGAGUAGUGAAGGGCCCAAGACGACUGGUGACUGAUGAGAGCCCCAACACUGAUUUUACAGCUCCUGAAAAAGCCAGCAAGAAGACUCCACUUCUUCCCACAGAGACAGAGAGGGGUGAUCUUUGUCUGGAGAACCAAAACCCAGAUCAGCCAACUGGUGAAACUGAGAUAUCCAACUCACAGACUGACACAAACGACAAUGGUGUUAACCAGGUAACAGAGGAAGCAGAAGACGAAGAAGAUAUGGGAGAUUUUGAGGGGAUCACUGAAGACACAGAUGAGGAGUAUGUUCCCGUUGAUGAGCCCAGUUCCUCAGCCCCGUCCACGUCAACGGCACGUAAACGUAAAACCCAAAGCAAAACGGACAAAAACGAGAAUGGUGAGGCUGUGGAGGAAGACUCUAAAAAGGACUCUGUGCAGUGUCCCAUCUGUGACAAAUCCUUCAAGAGCAAAUAUUAUCUCAAAGUCCACAACAGGCGACACACAGGAGAGCGUCCCUUUGGCUGCCUUAAAUGUGGAAAGAGGUACUUCAGGAAGGAGAAUCUUGUGCUACACGAGAUCAGAGACUGUGCUAAAGUCCAGACGUACACCUGCGUGACAUGCUCCUCAACAUUUAACGGAAAAGAAGAGCUGCGUCUGCACGUCGUCUCCCACACAGGAAAUAUGCCCCACAAGUGUUCAACGUGUCCUGAACAGUUCAUGUACAAGAAAAACCUGACGAUACACAUGAUGAAGGUCCAUGGAUAUCCCAAACCACAUGCAUGCCCGCAGUGCCCCAAAACCUUCUUAACUCGGACGGAGCUGCGUGUGCACGAAGCAGCCAAACAUCGAGGCGAAAAGCCGUUUGUGUGCGAGGAGUGUGGCCACCGAGCGUCAAGUCGAAAUGGCCUGCAGAUGCAUAUCAAAGCUAUUCACAGAAAUGAGCGCCCCUUUGUAUGUAACAUGUGUGGCCAUGCAUUCUCCCAGAAGAACAACCUCAACAUGCAUCUGCGUAUACACAGCGGUGAGAGGCCGUACCAGUGUCAUCUCUGUGGCAAAACCUUCAGGACCCAAGCCAGUCUAGAUAAACACCACCGGACACACACUGGUGAGCGCCCGUUUAGCUGUGAUGUUUGUGAGCAGCGCUUCACAGAGAAAGGCGCCCUCGUCCGCCACAAGGCCAGCAAGCACGAGGAGGGCCGACCGCACUGUUGUCACAUAUGUGGCAAAACCUUCAAAGCGCGGGAGCAGCUUCGUGUUCACCUGCGUCGCCAUAAGGGCAUGAGGAAGUUUGAGUGCAUCGACUGCGGCUACAAGUUCACUCGACAGGCACACCUGCGACGACACGUUCAAAUCCACAAACGCACUGAGAACUACAACCCCAGGCAGAGAAAACUACGUAACGUGAUAGUGCAGGAUGUGGACGGAAGUCCUGGUGAGAACGAAGCGACUAAUGAGGUGGAAGACUCGCUGAUCUCAGAGGAGACAGAUUACAUCCCACAGACGGCAGACGUCCAGGAAACCACAAACACAGAUUCCACCACAGGCCUCACUUCUAGUUGUGUAGUGAGGGUGGUGAUCGGGUCGAGUGACACGGUGAUGGAGGAGGUGGUGUCGAAUCAGAACCUGGGACAUGUCGAGGCCGUGGAGAGUUUCUCUGUGCCAGAAGUCUUGCAGCAAACACAGCUGGUCACUGAGGCGUACGAGUCCACGAUGGAUUAUGAAGGAAAUGGUUGAGAAUAUAUCAGAGAGUAAGACCUGAGGACUGAACGACCACAGACUGUGUGCCGCACACUCAGAGUGACUGUGAAGACCACUUCCUGAAUGAGAAGCACUGAAUGUGCUGUGAGGACAUUUGGCCUCACAGAUCCAAAGAUGAAACAAAGUCAGAGACUGUUGAGUUUCUGGACAUGCAAGAGAAGAGCAGGAAGUAAUUCUCAUGCUUCCACUGGUGAACACAGUAAAGGAACUGCAUGCCCGUGAAGGCUGCAUGAAUGUGAAAUUUUUGGCUUUUUUUAUUUGGCCUGUUUUUAUCAAUGUACCUUCUGCAGCUUGACUCUGGAAAAUCAGUAAUAAAAUAUAGUCACAAGCAGCAAUUGCAGGUUCAAGCCCUUCCUCCAUCAACAGAAGGAAGCAGGUCAGAUGCCCCAAAUCAAAGCCUCACGCAACAGCGAGCA